ACAAGUCUACUACCUGGAUCCAAAACAGGGUACAAAAGAGCUGGUUUUUUAGCAGACAUUAUUGACCAGUAUUAACCAACCAGGAUGUCCAAGAUUACUUAGAAGUUAGUCUUUAAGGCAAUUAGCAAAUUUCAAAGAGUGGUUUAUACAUGCCUACAGAACUGUGAGAUGGUUUAAGAGUCCUGAAACAACUUCAUAUUGCAAAGAAUGCAGAGAAAUGAGAAUGUAACUAUUGGUACAGAAUUCAAUAUCCUCUGUGCACUAGUCAGCAUAGAAACUAUCACAAGUGUCACCAUUACUUACCAUUUUUAUUCAGUAGGACAAUCAGAAAUGUAAGGCAGUGGGGUUUUAGUGAACAAAGGUCAUAGGUAAAGUCAUUUAACAGUAAGAGAUGAAAAUUUCAUACCAUUACGUGCACAUGAACCAACUCCUAAGUUAUCUGACAGAGUAAAACCAGGCCUGCUGAUAGAAGUACAGAGGCCAUAGUGUAACAUCCGCAGGGAAACCCAGAAUGACCUUCUCCUGGACCAAAGACUCUCAGGCACAAACAAGUUAAAAAGCCAAACAUCUCUUAUUCCUCGUGUUCCACCAUGGAGGCACUGCAGGAGUCUGUCCUACCGAAGUCACAUCAACGCUCUGAAACACCUUUUAAAAACAACUUUGUCCUUUGUGUCCAGUCGUAAUAACAUUUGGGGCUAUCUGCGCCAUCAGCAAGUGCGUACAUCAACAUACCACAAUUUUUUAAUUUUUUUUUUAAAAAAGACUGCUUUCUCCUUGACACAUAUAUGCAAGCAGAACAAUGUAAACUUAAAAUAACUCAUGUUGCAUGCACAGUUCAUCCACAGAAACAAUUAGCUGCAGUCUUCAAGUCCAGAGCAACAGAGGUACAGCAAAGCAUUUGGAGCACGUGCAGUUCAGCACAAGCCACGAUCACUAGUUGUUACCCCAAGCACAUGUCCAGAACACAACACAGUGCAGUCUCACCGUUAACACCAUGUACCCUAAUUCAUCAGAACCACAGAACCUCACUUAUCUGCUUUCCUUUCUUUUAACUUCCAUCCCCCUUAUAUUCUUUUCACUUUCAUCUACAUAACAUAUUCAGCUAUCUUCAGAAGUCCUCUUCAUCAUUUCUCACAUCCAAGAAAAAAAAAACCCUCACCAAAAUUCUCUCCUAGUUUGCAUUCCUCCUCAUUCUUCUCCCAUCACUUUCCUUUGUAUAGCAACACAAAUUGAUUUUAAGAUACAAAUGUGCAUUAGAGGACCUUACUGUUCCUAAGAACAAGGGCAGAUGUGGGGGACUUACACCAGAGGUCAGCAGAAACCCCAAGAGAGAAAGCAAAGUCAACUGCAGACAUGCACCACAUUGUGCAAUGAAAUCAAGCAUUCUUCCUUCUUUGCAAUAUUAAUAACUAUUCCAGCCUAAAGCGUAGAGCGGACACAUUUUGUUAUUCCUAUUGUUAGCCACUGUCAGUGCUGGGAGUUCUAGAGUCGCCCACAGGUGUUUCUUUGUCCAACAAAAAAGAUUGUCCUGUACAGCAAAACUGAUCAAAAACCAGGGUCGCAUUGUUUAAGCCGCAAUAAGCAGUAUCACUGGCAAAGGCCUACAAAAGUCUUUACAUUCAGCUUUCAGGGAGAAACCUGUCUUACCAUCAGAAAUGCUAAGUCUAGACACAAGCCACCCUGUCAAAUCUGUGAUAAUCCACAUGGGAUUAGUUACUCAAAAUGGCCAAGAAAUCAUUACACGUGCAGAUGGAUUUACUUCAAGCCAGAGUUCAGGAAAACGGACGUUCCGAGUAGCAACUCCUACAACGGGAAUGAAAACUGCAGGAAACCUGUCAAGGACUGAAUUUCUAGGGUCGUGAGACAUAACCAGAGAGCAGUGUGCAAUGUCAACUGCAGGAGUUGCUGCUCAGGAGAUGAGAGUCCCGUUAAAAACUGGAUUUCUUCACACUAGUCAAGCCAUGGGGAGUCUGAAAACCUGCUGGGGUAGCCACAGUGGAUUUGAAAAUACUUUCUUUAAUGUGGACCCUAUAGCAGUGGCAUAUAAUUUGAAUCCCUCAACAGAGCAACAUUUGCCAUCCAUUGGGCAUGCUUCCAUGAAUGACCACAGCUUUGCUGAAAGUUGCAUCCAAGUCCCAUCUCACAAAUCCAGCCCACCUCCUGUAAGUCCCCAAAAUGAACAGCUGAUUUCAAGAUAUGAAGACCAUCUUGUUCCUGGCUUUAGUAAACUCUCACUAACCAUGGGCUGUGUUUCUGAAGAAACACCUUCUCACAUGCCAAUAAAAAGCGGGCCAAUUCAGUUUCUGUCUGCAUCUUCCAAUGACCGUAGCUCCAGGCCACUACCCCCUCUGCCUGUUUCUGAAGACCUUUCUCCAGAUGAGGUUGACAAAGAGGUGGAAUUCCUGACUAGCUCAGAUACUGACUUUUUGUUAGAAGAUUAUGAACUUCCUCCUUUUAAAUCCAGUGCUCCAAGCCGGCGGAGCUUUAGGGGCUGUGGACAAAUCAACUAUGCAUACUUUGAUACUCCAACAGGACCAAAACCAGAAGAUGCCAACCCUACACAGAGCCUAAGUGGAUACAUAUCCAGUAUUUGUCCUCCUCCACAGCAGCUGCAUCGACGCUUGCGAAGGUCCCAUUCUGGGCCAGCCGGAUCUCUUAAUAAACCAGUAGUAAGACUAUCUGGACACUUAAGCAGGUCUUCUCCAAACUCUGAUGAAGAUAAACCAGAGAUUCCACCAAGGGUUCCCAUACCUCCAAGGGCUCUUAAGCCAGAUUACAGAAGGUGGUCAGCAGAAGUCGCUUCUAGUGCAUACAGUGAUGAAGACAGGCCUCCGAAAGUGCCUCCGAGAGAACCUUUGUCACGCAGCAAUUCCCGUACGCCAAGUCCCAAAAGCCUGCCAUCAUACCUCAAUGGGGUCAUGCCCCCCACACAGAGUUUUGCGCCUGAUCCUAAGUAUGUCAGCAGCAAAGCUCUACAAAGACAAAAUAGUGAAGGAUCUUCCAACAGGGUUCCUUGCAUUCUUCCAAUUAUUGAAAAUGGUAAGAAAGCCAGUUCAACGCAUUACUAUCUGCUGCCUGAAAGGCCUCCAUAUUUGGACAAAUAUGAGAAAUUCUUCAGAGAAGCAGAAGAAAGUAGCUCUAGCACAGAGGUUCAGUCCUGGUCUGGUGACUGCACAGCCACUUCAGCCCCAGCAAAAUUGGACACAAAACCUAGAGUGGACAUAGCUGGUCAUCUGAAACGAAAACACCUGUCUUAUGUGGUUUCCCCAUAGGCUCUGGGAGCACAGUCUCGGCUCUGUUGUUCAGGAUGGAGAUGAACUUUAUCAUGUUACAAAGUUCUUGAGGUUCUCAGAUAAUGAAGUAGGACCAGUUUGUCCUCUGAGAACUGGAAAGUGGAUUGUGAAGUCCUCUUAUGCUGCGUAUCUCUGAUAUGUUUAAGACUGUUUUUUGUCUUGGUAUGUAUAGCUGAAAACCUACAAAGAUUCCAUAGAAACAUACAGAGGGAUAGUAGUCACAGUUGGCCAGUUAUAUGCUACCUAGAUGAACAUAUUUGGUAGUCACGUUAUCAAAAAAAAAUAAAGUCAGUCUAGCUUUGCUUAUGAGUCACUUCUAAAGCUGACAACAGAGCAGAUAAUGCAGUACAGUUUUUGUAUCAGGCAUUUCCAGAAUUUCUUUCACACAGUUAACACUGCUGAAGACUGUCCUCUUUGACUAGGUUCUGCCAACCUGGUAAGAAGGUAACUGCAAGAUCUGAUACCCACUUCAAGACUUGGCAGGCAUAUUGGAAGUGCUUUUGGAAAAAUGAAUCUAUUUUACAACUUAAUUUGACACUAACAGACUCUUAAAGUGAGUUAGCUUUUGUGAAUUCUUUCAGUUGCUAGACACACUUGGCUCAGUUUUGCAGUUUUUCCUAGGAGAGACUUGGACCAGCUCUUGCUAAGCCUCUGCUGCUGCUCUGUUGCUGUUGGAUCCUAGAAACGUGUGAAAGUGUCCUGGAAGUGGCAGAGGAUAUGAGCAGCUCUGCAGUUGCUGUUAGGUAGGCAGUGACAAUUACCUGCUCACCUAGAGUCUAAAAUUCUGACUGUAUUAAAUACAGAAACACAGCACAAGCUGGUCUUGUGGUUUGGUUUCUGUUCAGUAUUUUAGGAGAGGAGGAGGUUAUGAGGAAAAAAAUGAUUCCAUUUAUGAACAGUGUCAGUCCCAUCUCUCGUUGCUUCAGAUGCUGCUUCUUGCUGUUUAUAAUUUUUCCUCAUUGUGCCUCAGUGAUCCGCUAAAGUUCACUGAGGUGCCACAUUUGUGCAUUAGCAGUUUCUCAUGCUGAUUUUGAUUACAAUUAUCCUCUUGCAGAUAAGCACAAGAGAAAGGGUGCUCAUUAAUGGAGGUACAGAAGAUGAAUGUGCUCCUCCUAACAGAAAUAAACAAGCUGUUUACAGUUUAAACUGCUGAAUGAUAUGUUUGAGCUAUUUUAAAGCUUACUUUUUAUUUGUUCUAGUACAAACUAAAUGAAGGUGAAAUACAUGCUAUAGAAAUGCACUGAUAUUUCUGCAUCGUGUACAGUAUUGAAUAAAAAAUAAUUCACUUUGUAUUUUGAAUAUUGUCAUGUCUUGAGUUUAAUAAAGUUAUGACAUACUUAUUUAUGAUACA